UGAAUGAAUGAUGCUAUGCCCAUUGUGAAUGGUGAGAGGAAAGAGUGUGGGCAAGGGCAGUCCCUUUUCUUCCUUCCUUUCCCAUGCACAGGUCCACCAUUUCCAAGCUCCUCCCCCUUCCAAGCUCCCUCCAUCCUAAACCACAUCCCCUUCCUCCUUUUCAACCACCCAUUCACGAGACUUCCUUGACUCCCUUCAUACUUGCAUACGUCUCUAAUCCAUCAAUCCUUCUUCUUUGUAGUUGUUGUACAAGUAGUAGCAUGUUCUCUGUAGUUGUUUUUUUUAAUGCUUAUCUUAGUGAACAAGGCCGUGAAACUGAGGAUGUUCUGCUCCUGUGAGCCUCAUGAAGCUCAGAGUCUUCAUCUGAAGCUUUUCAAUGGAGUCAGCCAUUAGAAACUCACAAAAAGAUGGGUUUUUGCUUCCGGGCAUUCAAGUUUGGGAGGAAAAACAGUGGAACGCCGAAUUUACCUUCACCGCCUUCACAGUCUUCGGUUUGCUUACCUUCUUCUUCUUCUUCUCAGUUUCGUAGAAGGGGCUCAUUGCCACCAGAGAUGGAGAUAAUGGAGAAGAAAAGAUGGGAUAGCUUGGAAUCUUGGUCCAUGCUUUUGGAACCUGGGAAUGCAGAGAGUUUGGAUGAUGGUCAAGAUGGGGAGAGAGAAGAAUGGAUGGCUGAUCUUUCUCAGCUCUUCAUUGGCAACAAGUUUGCUUCUGGUUCUCAUAGUAGGAUUUAUAGAGGGAUUUAUAAGCAGAGGGCAGUGGCUAUCAAGAUGGUGAGGAUUCCUGAUCAGGAUGAGGAGAAGCGUGCCAAGCUUGAAGAACAGUUCAAGUCUGAAGUUUCAUUCCUUUCUCGCCUUUAUCAUCCUAAUGUUGUGCAGUUUAUAGCAGCCUGCAAAAAGCCACCGGUGUACUGUAUAAUUACAGAAUACAUGUCUCAAGGAACAUUGAGAAUGUAUCUCCACAAGAAAGAGCCAUAUUCACUAUCGACUGAUACAAUUUUAAGGUUAGCACUCGACAUCUCUCGAGGAAUGCAGUAUCUUCAUUCACAAGGUGUGAUUCACAGAGAUUUAAAGUCUGAUAACUUGCUACUUAAUGAUGAAAUGCAAGUCAAGGUUGCUGACUUUGGCACCUCUUGUUUGGAGACUAAGAGCAGAAAAUCCAAAGGUAACAUGGGAACUUACCGAUGGAUGGCUCCAGAAAUGAUCAAAGAAAAACUGUAUACUAGAAAGGUUGAUGUAUACAGUUUCGGGAUCGUGUUAUGGGAACUAACUACAGCGCUUGUUCCGUUCCAAGGAAUGACACCAGUGCAGGCUGCAUUUGCCGCUUCGGAAAAGAACUUCCGGCCUCCGUUAUCGACAACAUGUCAGCCUGUCCUCAAUAAUCUCAUCAAGAGUUGCUGGUCGGCAAACCCCGCAAAGAGACCUGAUUUCAAUUAUAUAGUUUCAGCAUUGGAGAAGUAUGACGAGUGUCUUAAGGAAGGACUCCCUCUUGUUGCACAUCAAGAAUUUACAAUACAUAAUUCACUUGUUGGGAUCUUCAAGGGUUGCAUUCCAACAAGUUCAUCUGUUCCUAUUCAUGCUUGAAGUUCAACCUGCCUCUUAGAUGUUUCUUUUACCCUUUUUCCUCUUCCUCUUCUUCUUUCUUCUUCUUCUUCUUCUUCUUC